UUGCCAAACUUAAAACUAAUUUUUUUGGACAGUAGGAGUAGUAAUUGUAGAUAUACAUGUUUUAAAACAUGUACCGUAGAAUAAAAUACAUGUGUCUGUGUUUGUCUGGGUUGAUUCAUUGACGAGAAUGAUGUCUUGAGUUAUAAGCUUCGCUUUUCAUUUUCUCUCUCUUAUUUCAUUCAGAUCUCCACUUUCUCUCCCAUUUCCAAUUUCAUUUCUAGGGUUUUCAUUCUCUCCUCCGAUUUUCGCUGAUCUACGCGCAAAGGGUUUUGAAGUGAUUGAACUGGAUUAGGUUUGAGAUUGCGUAAGGUUGUUUUUUAGGGUUAAGGAAUCUGGAAUGGAUAAGGACAAAUCUUUGGGUCUUGGCGGUGGUUUACCACCUCCAUCAGGACGUUUUUCAGGUUACUCGUCUACUGGAAGUGGUUUCAAUGUGAAAUCUGAACCCUCGUCGUCGUCGUUUCCGCCGCUUCCUCCUGCAACUAGUUCAGAUUCUAGUGGUUUUAGUCAUGAUAUUAGCAGAAUGUCUGUUAAUCCCCCGAGGAAUAGAGGUCAUAGGCGUGCUCAUUCUGAGAUUCUCACGUUGCCGGAUGAUAUUAGCUUUGAUAGUGACCUUGGUGUAGUUGGUGGUGCUGAUGGACCCUCUUUCUCUGAUGAUACUGAGGAGGACUUGCUGUCCAUGUACCUUGAUAUGGAUAAAUUCAAUUCGUCGUCUGCAACAUCGACAUUUCAAAUGGGUGAGCAGUUUAAUGCUGGAGGGGGAUCUGGUUUGGGACCGGUUUCGGCAGGGCAGGCUUCGGGAGCAGGUACUUCUUCCGGGGAAAAUGCUGCCCUCGGUACUAAUGAAAGGCCCAGAAUUAGACACCAGCACAGCCAAUCCAUGGAUGGGUCAACAACCAUCAAACCUGAGAUGUUAGUCUCGGGUUCAGAAGACUUGUCUGCAGCUGAUUCCAAAAAAGCAAUGUCAGCGGCAAAGCUUGCAGAACUUGCCUUGAUCGACCCCAAGCGUGCAAAAAGGAUAUGGGCAAAUAGGCAGUCUGCUGCGAGGUCCAAAGAGAGGAAGAUGCGAUACAUUGCUGAGCUUGAAAGAAAAGUGCAGACACUGCAAACAGAAGCAACAUCGUUGUCUGCACAAUUAACUCUCUUGCAGAGAGAUACAAACGGACUGAAUUCUGAGAACAGUGAGCUGAAGCUGCGGUUGCAAACCAUGGAACAACAAGUUCACUUGCAGGAUGCUUUAAAUGAUGCGUUAAAAGAGGAAAUUCAGCAUUUGAAAGUACUGACUGGGCAAGCUAUACCACCAAAUGGAGGACCUAUGAUGAACUUUGCUUCAUUUGGAGGGGGGCAGCAGUUCUAUCCAAAUAAUAAUAAUAAUAAUAAUAAUAAUAAUAAUAAUAAUAAUAAUAAUAGUAAUAAUAAUAAUCAUGCCAUGCACACUCUUUUAGCUGCACAACAGUUUCAACAGCUCCAAAUUCAUCCUCAGAAGCAGCAGCAUCAAUUUCAGCAUCCAUUUCAGCAACAUCAACAACAUAUACAGCAGCAGCAGCAGCAGCAAAUGCAGCAGCAAAUGCAGCAGCAAAUGCAGCAGGAACAACAGCAACAGCAACAGCAAUCAGGCGACUUGAAAAUGAGAGCAACUACAUCCCCAUCCCCCAAAGAUACUGCUUCAUCAGAUGAAAAUCCUUCGGCUUCCAAGGAUUGUUGAGAAACUGGGAUGAUUUUUUCAAAUCUUCAUUAGAGGCUUGUUUGUUUUGUUGAUUGAGAUGGCACGGAUCUCCUUCCCAUGGUAUAGCAUUGCACGAUCGCACAAUCAUCAACCGAAGGGGUAAUUGCUUUCAUUUGGAGUCCUUGCAUAUUAGACAAAUUUUAUAUGACAUUUCAAAUAUAUCUUAAGUACUUAUCAGAAUAUAAGUUGUUUCCAUGAGAAUCCAAAUAUAUGGAUUAGAAGUUGUGAUUUUAUGGUUUUGCAUAGAUGAAAACUUUAUUGGAACUGAAUGCUCAAAUUUUCAGUUAA